AAAUGAGUCAACAAAAUAAAAAUAAACAAGAAAAUAGAAUUUAUUAUCCAGUUAAAAAUACAGAAGUUGAUUUUUUAUUAUCUGAAAAUUUAUUAAUUAAUUCAAUUAAUUUAGAUUUUUGUAAUAAUUUAUGGUCUCAAAAUGAAUCAAAUAAUUGUACUCCAGAAGAAUAUUUAGAAUGGAAAGGAGAAAAAAGUAAUUCUAUAGAUUUUUUAGAUGAAAAAUUAUUUAAUACUAGUAAUUUUAAUACAAUUAUUAAAAAUUAUUUUAAAGAACUAAUAUUAAAUAAUUUAAAUUUAGAAAAUUUAGUAGAAAAUAAUAUAAAUAUACCUUCUUUAAUUUAUCCUGAUACUUUAGAUUAUUUA